CUGUCACCCCAAAGCAGAUUUUGCUCAGUCCAGGCUAAAAAAACAGUUUGUAGCACUGCACACCUUCUUUUCAAUCAUCCUCGGCUCCUCUGAUCCUCUCUUUAUAUCUGACGCCCCCUUCACCUUCAUGCAACUGCAAGCCAAGCCAAACCAUAAGCUACACCACACUGUCAUUAGCACGUCAAAAACCACCACAAAACCCCAAGAGCAGAAGCAAAGCCGAGCUCGAUCAGAGCUCGCUCCAGUCUUCCGACAGCAAUGGAGUUCCUGUCGCAGAUGUGGUCGCUCCUGGGCCUGCUGACCAUCCUGCAGAACGUCCUCCCCACUCAGCUCCUCUCCCUGCUCCACUCGCUCUGGCAGUCGCUCCAGGACUCGCUCACGCCCUACUCCUACUUCGACGUCCCGGAGUUCCUCGGCUCCGCCGCCGUGGAGCCCAACGCGCUCUACCGCCACGUCCAGCUCUACCUCCACCGCUCCCUGCUCCUCUCCUCCUCCCCUCCGCCUCCCCGCCUCACCCUCUCGCUGCCGCGCUCCCUCUCGGGCGUCUCCGGAGUGCCGCCAUCGGCGUCGUCCGUGUCGGUGUCGCUCUCCCCGAACCACUCUGUUCCCGACGCUUUCGGCGGCCACCGCGCCGUGUGGACGCACCACGCCGACACGCUCCAGGACUCGCUCGAGGAGCGGCGGUCCUUCUCGCUGCGCCUCCCGAAGCGGCACGCGGCGUCCCUCCUCCCGGCGUACCUCGCGCACCUGGCGGCCGCGGCGGACGCCCUGGAGCGCGCGUCCAGGGCGCGGCGGCUGCAUACGAACGGCGCCUCGUGCCCGCGCGGCGGCGGGUCCUCGGCGUCGUGGUCGUCCGUGCCAUUCUGCCACCCGUCCACGUUCGAGACGCUCGCGCUGGACCAGGAACUCAAGGCGCGGCUCCUGGCCGACCUCACGGCGUUCGCCGGAGACGGCGGGAGGGAGUUCUACCGCCGGACGGGCCGGCCCUGGAAGCGCGGGUACCUGCUCCACGGGCCGCCCGGGUCCGGGAAGUCGUCGCUGAUCGCCGCCAUGGCGAACCACCUCCGCUACGACGUGUUCGACCUCGAGCUCACCCGCGUCACCACCAACGCCGACCUCCGCGCGCUGCUCAUCCAGACCACCAACCGCUCGCUCAUCGUCAUCGAGGACAUCGACUGCUCCCUCCACCUCACGGGCGACCGCUCCAGCAAGAGACGACGGCAGCGCAACAACAAGAGACGCCGUAGUCUCGACGAUGACUCGUCCGACGACGACUCGGAUGACGACGACGGCCGCGGCGGCAGCGACGGCCACAGGGGGAAGGUGACGCUCUCGGGGCUCCUCAACUUCACCGACGGCCUGUGGUCGUGCUGCGGCGAGGAGCGGAUCAUCGUGUUCACGACCAACCACGUGGACGGCAUCGACCCGGCGCUGCUGCGCCCGGGGAGGAUGGACGUGCACGUGCGGCUGGGCCCGUGCGGCGCGUACGCCAUGCGGGAGCUCGUGGACCGCUACGUCGGCGCCGGCGUCGGCGAGCACGAGACGCUCGACGCGGCGGAGAAGUGCAUCGCGGACGGGGCGGAGAUGACGGCGGCUGAGGUGGGGGAAGUUCUGCUGAGGAACAGGGACGAGCCGGAGACGGCGGUAUCGGAGCUGGCGGCCGAGCUCAAGGCGCGGGUGAAAGCGGCCGACGAGCUCCAGUGGGAGGACUCGGCGGCGGAGCUCUCCGACGAGUCGCCCACGAAGAAAGGGAGGAAGGGGUUCGCCGGGUGGGAGGGCAAGGUUCGGAUCUUGGGCCGGCUUAGGAGCCUCACCAAAUCGGAGUCGGGCCGGCGAGGCGUGUAGUUUGUUUGAGAAAAUUUCUUUGUUUGACGUGCGAUUUAAGGUCACGUCUUUGUUAAAAAUCGACAUCUUCACAAGUUCGAUGUAUGGGUUUGAUUGA